AAUCACAUUUCGAGUUCAGUUCUCCAACAAAGUUCUAGUUGAAACAAAAAUUUUUUUGACCAUCACUAUUGUUGUUAAUAAAGUUCACUGACGCAGUGUUAUAAAUAUGUCUUUCGCAAAGAGCAAACGAUUCAACGAAAAUGAAGAGGUUACUCCUGGUCCCGGCCAAUACCAGAAUGAGUGGGGUUGUAUUGGCAGAGAUUCUAUUAAAUAUAGAAUUAAUACAACCCCUCGAUUCCCAGAAGAGUGUAGGCGCAGGAUAUGCAUUGGGUGCGCCUGUGCCGAUGUUACGAACAAAACAUUUUCAAAAAAUCAGUUUCUCAUGUACACCCCGCCCAGCUACAAUGUGAGAAAUAUCACAUUUAGAAAAAGGAGGACCAAUGGAUUCGAGUUCAGGAGGGCCCUCCGUGAUUUAAUUCUGUUUAGAAAGAAAAAUGGUCCCAUCAUAUAUCCGAUGAUGUUAUGCAAUCAAUGAUUCUGAAAUCAGAAAAAAAUCAUGGAGGAGAAUAUAGGUACCCUUUCAUUCAUCUCAUAUCCACUGAUAUGCGAUGAAUGAAGAUCAAGAUCAUGGAAUCUUCGUAUUCACCGAUUUCCCUCAGUAGAGGGAAAAGCACC